ACUGAAGUUUCGCGGCGAGGGAGGAAGUUUUGGUGAAGUUACAGGUCGCAGGUUUCCCUGUUGAUUCCCUCACCCUCGGGCUUGGAGGCAGGUUUACCAUCCCAUCCGUUCAUUCCCGUUCUCCCCCUUCAAUCUGCUGGGGGAAUGGUGGACAGCGUGUACCGGACCCGGUCGCUCGGGGUGGCGGCUGUCGGCUUGCCCGACCAGUACGCCGACGGCAAAGCAGCCAAGGUCUGGCAGCUGUACAUUGGAGACACCCGGAGCAGGACUGACGAGUACAGGAACGCGGUUGUGCAGCUUCUGCGCCAGCACAAGUGUCAGCGAAUCCUGGACGUGGCUUGCGGCACCGGAGUGGAUUCCAUCAUGCUACUGGAGGAGGGCUUCACCCUAGUGAGUUCAGACGCCAGCGACAAGAUGCUGAAAUAUGCCUUGAAGGAGCGAUGGAACCGACGGAAAGAAGAAGCAUUUGAUAAUUGGGUAAUCGAAGAAGCCAAUUGGUUGACGUUACCCUUGGACAUCCCGAAGCCAGGUGAUGGGUUUGAUGCCGUGAUUUGUUUGGGGAAUUCAUUUGCACAUUUGCCGGACUUCAAAGGUGACCAGAGCGAGCAGAAGUUGGCACUAAGUAAUAUCGCCAGCAUGGUGAAACCAGGUGGAAUAUUAAUCAUUGACCACCGGAAUUAUGAUGCCAUCCUGGAAACAGGCCAUGCUCCGAAGGGCAAAAAUAUUUACUACCAGAGUGACCUGACCAAAGACAUUAACACCUCUGUGCUCUAUGUAAACAACAAGCCUCACAUGGUGACAUUGGAUUACACUGUUCACGUCCCAAAUAAGGAGGAAGAUAAGCAGCCAGAAGUGAGCACCUUCCGCCUCUCCUACUACCCGCACCGUGUGGAUGCCUUCACCGAGCUCCUGAAGAGUGCCUUCCAUGGAAGAUGCCAGCACACCCUGUAUGGUGACUUUAAGCCUCACCAGCCCGGCCAGGACUACACACCGUGCUAUUUCAUCCACGUGGUGAAGCGGAUGGGCUGAGUCCACAAAGAGCGGGGCUUUGAAUCUGGGAAAGCUGGGAUGCAAAAAAAAAAUGGUGUGGUUACAGAGCAAAUAGCAACAGAAGAGGCAAAUGCAUGGAGGAACAACGGAAGACCAAAAUUUAUGUGGGGGCGGGGAGGGAGAUGGUGGGGUGGGGGUUCAGAGGUGAUUACUGUAUCAGACUUAUAGCUUCAUGUCUUUAAUUGGUUUGGAUCUUGGAGAGAAGACCCAACACAAUGAUUCUGUAAUUAGUAAAAGCCAUAAUUAUAAGCGUUGGUGUUGGUACUGCCCCAGCACUGGAUCCAUAGCUGACAGGAGUACCAAGUGUGCGAUCAGAACCCAGGCCGCUUUUGCUUAUCUCUCAAGUGCGACCCUCCCCACCCAAUCACCCGAGAGUGGCGAUGUUUGGGGGGGGGGGGGGGGGGGUUGCGUGCCUCUGAGAAUCUGAACCCAUAAACUUUGAACAGCACAGUCAUCAGAGGUGAAGGACAACUCCGUCACCCUGUGUUCCCAAACAUAUGGUGUUGGGUGUGUGUGAUGCUGGACGAGUUCCCUAGAGGUAUUGGCUGAGCUGAUUGAUUGUGGACGGAGGCGCUCUCAGGGAGAUGAGGGAGAGAAACUUGCGGUCAGAAACAGUCCCAACCUGUCUCGUCAGAGCAAACCUGGGCAGAAGGCCAAUAGCCCUUCUCAAGCUGCUCCGACUGAAGCAAGUUCUCUGCACAGUGACUGACUGUUAGACAAUUCCACAGACUUCUUACCCCACAACCCCCCACCCGCCCCAACUACAAGUAAAACUCUGAUAAUCCGGCACCCGAAACUCUGAUGGUUCGGCAUCUGGCUCAUUCAUUCGUCUGGACUGUGAGCUGGGGGUUCCAGAUUGUGAGUGGAGUCGGGGGGGGGGGGGGGGGGGGGGGGGGGGGGGGGGUGUAGUCCGGGCUGGAUGUGGGCUGGGUGUGUAGCUGGAGCCGGGGUUGGGGUCCUGAACGCCAGGAAUCCGGAAUGUUUUCAGGUUUGUGGCCAGCGACGGGGUCCGGAGUUCUUGUACAUUUCCCACCCCUCUUUAAACUAACCGGCUGCGUAACAUGGAGGGAAAAUGAAAUGAUAGUGUGUUAGCAGGAAUAGCAUCCAGUAGUCCAGAAAAUCUGCUAAACCGGCACACACCAGAGCCUCGAGUGUGCUGGAUUAUCGGAGUUUUACUCUCCGUGACCAUUCUGGGGCAAUGAGCUUAUUGGGAUCAGAGUUUAUUUUGUCCUUUGCCACUUUGACCUCAGUUUCGUUUGCCACCCCCACCAGCUUUCCAGCUUUAUCCUUUCUGUUUACAGAGUCCAUUUGUUCCCUUUCUCGGCUCGGUUGAAGUUUCCGGUGACUCUGCUUUUUAAUUCAGUAGUUCACCACUCGUUGUCAGUGUAAUGCUGGACAACUGGGAUUGAAAUGGUAUUGGUUUAAUAUUGUCACAUGUAUUGAGAUACAGUGAAAAUCUUUUGUUUUGCGUGCCAUCCAGACUGAUGAUGCCAUACAUAAUUACAUUGAGGCAGUAAAGAGGAAAACAGAAUGGAGAAUAUGUUAGACCAAGGCUCAACCUGGUCACAGUGCUGAAACAAUGUGGCACUGCACCCAUCAAUCUGGCUAGUGGUUCUGGCUGUGAGAGAUGAGCUGGUGAGAUUUGGCUGCAUAUAAUAUCACUGGGAUGAACGGGCUUAAAUUAUAGAAUCCUGGAAACUAAUUGGUGCUGACUUUAUGUUGUGGGUUCUUUAGAAUAGGAACCUGGUCUUGAUCUCUGACCAGGGAUUGGCUGGUGGAGAUGUCAAUAAAAACCGCCCUUUCCCUCUAAGCUGUGCUGACAAAUCUCUCUCCCAACUUGUCCCCUACCCCCACCCACCCCAACCCCUCCACAGCCAGGGCGAGGUGAUAAACCGGCCGACGACAAUCACCGAACAUUUGCCGAGUGGGCGAUACGUUGGGGCAGCUGUCUCACAGCGCCAGAGAUCUGGGUUCAAUCCUACCCUCCGGUGCUGUCUGUACGGAGUUUGCACGUUCUCCAUGACGGCAUGGCUUUCCCCCCAGGGUGCUCCAGUUUCCUCCCAUGUCCCAAGGAUGUGGGGAUUGCUAGGUUGAUUGGCCACUGUAAAUUGCCCCCAGUGUGUAGGUGAGUGGCAGAAUCUGUCAGGAGUUGAUGAGAAGGUGGGGCCUGUUUACAGUUAAUGUGGGCCAAAUGGAAAUUGCGUAGAUGGGCAAAAAGGUCAGCAUGGAUGUGGUGGGCCGAAGGGCCUGUUGCUGUGCUGUAUGACUCUAUGACUCCAUAAAAUAUGGGAUUAAUGUAGGAGUAGUGUAAUUGCAUGGUUGAUGUUCGGAAUGGAUUUGGCGGCCAAUGUCCUAUUUUCGUGCUGUGUCCAUAUGAAGUAUGGAACCUUCAUCAAAGAUACCAUUGGAGUCUUCAGGAAGUGAAGCUGAUGCCUCGGCAGAUCUUCAAGCUUCCUUUGUUGCUUUGAUGUUGUCAGAAAGUACGUAGUGCAUUGUGGAGAUUUGUUGCACCCUUCACCCUGUGUGGCAGAGCCUAUACCCACGCAACCAGGGGUUCGCUUUGUGCGAAUUGGAUUUGGAAUUGGUAUUGGUUUAUUAUUGUCACUUGUAUCAAGGUAUCAAAAAACUUGUCUUGCAUACCAAUCGUACAGAUCAAUUCAUUACAUGGUGCAUUGAGGUAGUACAAGGUAAAACAAUACAGAAUGCAGAGUAAAGUAUCACAGCUUCAAAGAAAGUGCCGUGCGGGUAGACAAUAAGGUGCAAGGUCAUAACGAGGUAGAUUGUGAGGUCAAGAGUCCAUCUUAUCAUACUAGGGGACUGUUCAAUAGUCUUAUAACAGUGGGAUAGAAGCUGAGUAUUCUGGUAGAUACUCAGGGAGAAGAAAAUUAGGAAGGGGAUACAAAUUUUACAAGUUUCAUUUCCUUCUCUCUGAAGUGCUCCCUAAAGGCUGGGAUAUACCUCCGAAUAUAAAAUAAACAAGUGGAGUAGAUUUUUGCGGAGACCAGGUUGGGUGUCACUUGGAUUCGAACCAACAUUCUGUCUGUGCAUAGUGGAAAACAGCUCAGUUGGGGUGAUCACUGAGAGAAUGCUGCACUGUCAGAGGUUCUGUCUUUCAGUUGAGGAAGUUGCUGCUCUCUCAGUGGAUGCAGGAGAAAGUUUGAUGGAACUUUCUGCAGAAGAGCAGGUUUGUUUCCCAUUGUGUUCUGGCCAAUAAUCAUCCUUCAGCUGAAAUCAAAAAGAUGGAUAAUCUUAUGAUUUAUCUCAUUGCUGUUUUGUGGGGCUGUAAGCUAUUAGUUCUUGCUCCGUUGGUCACAUUUGAUUGUGCUUCAUUUGUUGACAAGUGCUUUGUGAUGUGCUGGAAGCUGCUGAUGUAACUAUGAAGACAAAGAGGGAGCUUACAACCUUAACAAUAGUAAGAACCUGGACCUCACUAGCACUGGGGAGACACUCCCACUAAGCUGUGAGCGGGUUGACCUCUCUUCCAACCCAAGUCCCCUUUCCUGCACCACCCUCCUACCCCCUCUGCAGCCGUGCUCUGAGGUUAAGCAAGGCCAUUUCUGCCUCCACAGUGUGGUGUCGAACUUACUUACAAUAUCCCUCACCCAGAGGAAAGCUGGCCAACUUAGGGAAAGGGGAUGGAGCGUUGCACUGAUCAUCGGGGAAGAGGCUUGAGUGGGGCAUAUGGACUGGUUGGGACGAACGGCCUGUUUCUGUGCUGUGUUCUUCCAUGUACUUCUGUGCAAUAAAGUGCUCUGUAAUGUA